GAGGAGGAGGAGGAGGUGAAAGACUGAAUGAACGGGUCGGGAAAGGGGAAGGAUGCGGAUUACGGUAGCUCGCCGGCCAGCCUGCCUACCGACGAUGGUUUUGGUCGUUUGAAAUCUGGAUGUGCGGCGAAAACGACACAGUUCCGCGGUUUGUAGCUGCACGGAGGCUGUAGUUUACCCAUCGUGACACCCAGGGCUGCCUGGCUUGAUUGUGGGGGUGAUUUGAUCUCCAGCGUAGGCUAUUUUGUAUUGACAUGUUACGUUGAGAUCUAAAAUUGGUUAAUUUUCUAAUCACUCAACGUCAAGAAAACUAGAGAAAAAAAGGAAGUGACCCUGAUAUUUGUGGUGCCACUGCCAUCAUGGUUUUAGCCGUCAUUUUAGCAUCAUCGCCACCUGAUCUCUUCUUCUGUGCCGCUGCAGACUGGAUGUCAAACUGAGCGGAGCGUCGUAAAGUCAAAUCCAAACAUACCAAAAAUACAACUUUACCGAGUUUCAGCAUGGAGGCGUCGUCGCUACAGCCUCGUUGUUUGACAGGUCUGUUUAUAUGGACGACGUUGUGUCUGCUCAGCAGCGGUCAUUCCGCGCCGAACGCCUCGGGCCUGCCUCUAGCCAUCCGCGUGCCACUGCGGCAAGGCGCUCGCGCUGAACAGCCACCGACGCUGCCACCUGCCGCCGUGAACCGCGAGCGCGGCAACGCGGGGAAGAACUCUGCGCGCAGGCGGAGAGGAGCGGCAGCGGGCGGUAUCAGCUUCGUGGACAUGAUUGAUAACCUGCGUGGGAAGUCUGGUCAAGGAUACUACGUCGAGAUGGCCGUGGGAUCUCCUCCGCAGAAGUUGAACAUCCUGGUGGAUACAGGAAGCAGUAACUUUGCUGUCGGGGCAGCUGCUCAUCCCUUCCUGCGCAGAUACUACCAUCGUUCACUCUCCAGCUCAUACCGUGACCAAGGCAGGAGUGUGUAUGUUCCCUACACACAGGGACGCUGGGAGGGGGAGCUGGGAACUGACCUGGUCUCUGUCCCACAUGGCCCCAACGCCACGCUGCGCGCAAACAUCGCUGCCAUCACUCAGUCGGAUCGCUUCUUCAUCAACGGAUCCAACUGGGAGGGAAUCCUGGGACUGGCCUACGCCGAUAUAGCCAGGCCUGACGAGACAUUGGAGCCUUUCUUUGACUCUCUAGUUCGCCAGACUCCUGUCCCCAACCUCUUCUCUCUCCAGUUGUGUGGAGCCGGUUUCACCCAAAACUACUCCCUGGGCAGUGCUACUGUUGGUGGCAGCAUGAUCAUCGGUGGAGUGGACCCAUCACUCUACGUGGGAAAGCUUUGGUACACUCCCAUCCGCAGGGAGUGGUACUAUGAGGUCAUUAUCGUACGUAUUGAGGUGAAUGGACAGGACCUCAACAUGGACUGUAAAGAGUACAACUACGACAAGAGCAUUGUGGACAGCGGGACCACUAACCUGCGACUGCCUAGAAAAGUCUUCCAGGCUGCAGUCAAGGCUAUUGAGGCAGCUUCUUCGACCGAGCAGUUUCCCUCUGGGUUCUGGCUGGGAGAGCAGCUGGUAUGUUGGCAGGCCGGUAAUACACCCUGGCACAUCUUCCCAGUCAUCUCCCUCUACCUGAUGAGUGAAAACCACAACCAGUCCUUCAGAAUCUCCAUCCUUCCGCAGCAAUACCUGCGGCCAGUAGAGGAUGUGGCCUCCGCCCAGGAGGACUGUUACAAGUUUGCCGUGUCCCAGUCCAGCACCGGUACAGUGAUGGGGGCCGUCAUCAUGGAAGGCUUCUAUGUGGUGUUCGACCGGGAAAAGAAGCGCAUCGGCUUUGCAGUCAGCACCUGCCAUGUGCAUGAUGAGUUUCGAACAGCCUCUGUGGAAGGCCUGUUCCACGGUGUCGACCUGGAGGACUGCGGUUACAACAUCCCUCAGACGGACGAGUCCACUCUUAUGACCAUCGCCUACAUCAUGGCGGGAAUCUGCGCUCUCUUCAUGCUGCCGCUGUGUCUCAUGGUGUGCCAGUGGCGCUUCGCCCGCUGCCUCCACCCACACGGGGACUUUGCUGACGACAUAUCACUCCUUAAGUGAAGGGGGAGAAGAAGGGGACACAAGGGGUCGUGCAGAUCUCCACUUGAAUCACAGGGCAGGCGUGGUUUGGGGUGAAAGGGAUGUACCUUGUUACAAAAUGCUGGUGCUGUUGAAAGAGAGCUUUGAAAAGGUUUUUCAGGAAUAUUGUAUUUAAAGUAUAGGAAAUGCUGUCAUACAGUGAAUACACAGUGAACAGAGCAUUUGAGGAUAACUAGAGCCAUUACAAACCGGACGGACAAACAAGAGAAAGUUGGUGCGUCAACUUUGCCUGUUUUAAGAUACCUAUGCAGAUCCGCAUGGCGAGAGGUGGGAAAAUGCAAAACAAAAAAAAAUCAGCUCUUUGUUAUAUAUAGUGUAUAAAUAGACUACAGAGAUAGAUUGGAUUUGGAAAUUUGAAAGAUCUGCCUCUUAACAUUGCAGAGCUCCACAAAGAGUGGAUUGGCAACAUUUGAAAAGAAAACAACUCAUUUACAAACACGGCUAAAUGAAGAGACUCACAGCCUGGAUGUGAAUACAAGAUGGGAAUCAUGGAGUCGGACGUGGUUUGCUUUGGUAUGAUUUGAACAUGUGAGCGUGUGUUACAUGUGUGUGUUUGCAGCUCUGCUAUUUGUGGCUUAUGAGUGAAUGAAACACAGUUGAUGUGUGUGAGCAUGCCUGUACGUGUGCACGGCUGUACUGAAGAGUAUACAGAAAGAUGAAACUUAUGAACAUUAAAAUAAUACUACUGAGUAUGAAUAGCAUCUAUGAAAAUACACUAUUUUGCAAACGGCAGCAAAUAAUUCUGCAACGCAAAUAACGUACGCAUAAAGAGGUUGAGUUGAUGAAAUAUCAGAUUGUAACAGCAUUUAUUGCAUAAAAUCAGUUUGGCUUUGUGUGAAACUGAGACUACUGAACACAAACAGAUGUCACUUUUUCUUCCUAUAUUGAUAGCUUAAAUGUAUCUAUUGUAAAUAAAAUGUGUGCAUUCCAGAUCUUCUAUUUGCGCACACACACACACACACACACACACACACACACACACACACACACACACACAGAAUACACAUUGCUUAUCUUACUGCUGCACCAUCUGAUUACAUGUUAACAAACCAAGACUUAAUAGGGCUUCUUUCACAGACACAAACAGCCUAACUCACCACAUUUUUCAAUGGGGACCAUAUAUGCUUGGACAAGGAAACCAGCCCAAAGUAUGUUAUACACUGUAUGUCUACGAGGGACUGUUUGUACCAUCUCUCAGCAAGCUGUACAUAGAUAAACUCAGAACUGUAUAUUUAUCUGUCAGGCUCUGGCAGCACUGUGGAAUCAAUAAAGUACUUAUUGUAACUAA